AUGGCUGAUAUACUUGUUCAACAGCAAACAUCAUUAACCAAAGCUGAAAUUGUUGUACCCAUGGAGCACGAAGUCGACAAAGGGUUAUUUUUCUAUCAACAAGAUCCAACUGGCUUCUUACAUUUUCUAAAAACAUUUACAAAUGAACCACAAAGAUCUAUCUCUCACUCGACAUCGAAGAAAUUUUUUGAUACGAAUUCAUUGCCAUCGUCAAACGAAGAAGAAAUGCAUAACUUCAAUGGUGAUGUGCUUAAACCAAUCAUUAAAGAAGAUAAAAUAAGUGAUAAGUUAGACAGUAUCUUAACAUCAACGAAAUUAGAUGAAUUAAAUGGCGAUAGUAUAUUGAAUUCAAAUUCAUCAUUAAAUACAGAAGCUCAAGUGCGCAGACGGAAAUGGCGUACACCAAUAACACGAACAUCUGCGUCGAAAAGUGACUCAGUGGAACAUAAUAAUAGUAACCAAGAAGAGAAAUUACAAGAUCUUAAGGAAAUUCUAGAACAAAUUUCAUUAAAUGAAAAUAGCGAGAAAACACACGAGUCCAGUGAUACAACGAUUUCUUCUGGUCGACUACGAGGAAGAAGAUUAAGAUUUCGAUCACAUCAACACGUAUCGCCUAUUUCUCAAGAGUCUACAUCUGAUAAUCACACUCAAUUUUAUACAUCGAACGGAAUCCAGGAUUCCCCGACAUCAUCGACGACCAAUGUGUUCGUAUCAAUUGAUAGUCUAAGUAUUUCUACUGGCGUUCUCAGACGAACACAUUGUAUUGAAAGAACAAAAAAAGUGGUUCGUUUUGCUGAUUCAGUUGGUCGUCAAUUAGUACAAGUGCAAUACUUUCAAUCAUUUACUGAUGAUGAUGAAGAUUCAAUGAAUUUUCCAUUUCUAAACAAUAAUAUGUACGUUCCAAAAUCAUUAGAUUUCGAGCAUAAACCAUGGACAUUUGAUGUAGAAUUACCCUCAAAACAAACUCCGGAUAUUCGGGUGCCGAAAAAAUUCUUUUGUUUAUAUCGUCAACCGAACUCCGAACAUCCCGAUAUAUAUUUACAUGAAGUAUGGAAAUCCCAAAUAAAAUUAGAAUUUGCUAGUAUACGUCUCAAAUCUUCAUUAACUGGCGAACAAUAUUUAUAUGGUACGGCAUGGGUCACCAAUGCUGGUUAUCAUAAAAAUGUUACUCUUCAAUAUACAUUUAGUCGAUGGUCGAAUAAACAUGAAUAUCAAGCUAAACAUCUUUUUCAUUCAAAUGAUUUUCGUAAUCUAGAUAAAUUUGAAUUUAAUAUUGAUAUUCCAAAUGAUAUUGAUCGAGUUGACUUUGUCCUUCAUUAUCGCGUCAAUGGGCAAGAACAUUGGGAUAAUAAUGAAGGAAAAAAUUAUUCAUUGGAAACUGAAUCUGCCUAUUCACCACAAACAACCAUAUCUUUGCCUCAUGAUUGUAACUUUGACGAAAUGAGAUUUUAUUAG